GUCUGGAAACCCGGAAGUAGUGUGAAGGUCUUCGGCACUGUUGGGAGUUUAGAUAACAUUUCACUGGUGCAGGAUCCUAGUCGAUGUGACCAUGGGUGUUAAGCUAGAGGUGUUUAGAAUGGUGCUGUAUCUUUCCUUUCCUGUGGCUAUGUUCUGGAUCUCAAAUCAAGCAGAGUACUUUGAAGAGUACAUAGUAAAGAGAAAGAGGGAGAUCUUCCCCCCUGACGAGGAAACGCAUAGGAAAGAGUUGGAGAACUUCAAAGAGCGGAUGCGUGUUCGUAGGGAGCAGUGGCGAUUAAAAGAGGCUUCUGUGGAAUCUGAGAAUUGAGGAUUUUGUGUUGAAGAAAUGAAGAAUGGAAUUCUCAACACCACCAAUGGAGGAUUAUCUAGCAAUGUUUUUUGGGCUGAAGAAAACUGGUCAUGAGUAGGAGUGUGACACUUUGGAAAUCUCUGAGAAGUUUACACAUCGCUCAGGCGUGCUUUAAUUUAUAUGUGUGACUUUUUCAAAGAACUUUUCAAAUGCCAGAAUUAUUUGUGUUUGAAUAUCUGAUCAGUUGAGAUGCUGUGAUUAUACUGUCAUAAGUUUAUUAUUUGAGUUUGUAUGCAGUUGGAUAUAAUGUGUUUAUCAAGAUUUCUUUUGUGAGGUGCAACACCCAUAAAAUGUAUUCACUGUCUUGGAAAGGUUCCAUGUUUUGAACACUGUAUCACAGUGCACGUAAUUAGGCAAUUUUGACACUGAUAUCUCCUUGAUUGAGACCUUGAUGCCAAAGUGUAAACUGAUUUGAAUUAACUUAUAGCCUAAGUAUUCACCCCCUUCAAAUCAGUAUAUAUUAGAGGCACCCAUGGCUGCAUUCAUUGCCUAUAGCCCAUCUUAUAAAAUCUAAAGUAACUUUAUAUUCUGGGUUGUCUUAUUGGACAAUAUAUUUUCCCUCAAGACAUAGUUCACUUACAGACUGCAGCAAGUCUUCUUGUAUGAUUUACUUGUAUUUUUCUGCAUUCGUUGUAACCUCUACCCUCACAAGCCUUCUGGUUCCUGCUUCAGAUGAGCGUACUCCCAUCAUGAUGCAACAACCACCACCAGGCUUCGCAGUGGUUAUCAUGAUUUUCUGGUAUGUCUGGAUCAUGGGGUACAGCAAACUUACGGUAGUAUGAUGACCAAAAACCUCAGAACAUAGAACUUCUCCUACCAUCUGGCAAGCCCUAGCUAAGAUAUUCAGAAUGUUUGUUAACAGUAGCUUUCUUACAAGAGUAUAGUUACUUAAUGCAUUGCAGAGGCAUUGAAUGAUCACUUGUCUUCAUGAUAUUUACAUCUUGUUGAUAAAGUUAUAUUUUAUUGAAAAUCACUUGUCACACCUUUGCUACACACAGGAUAUCAACGUGUGAUAUUGUAAAUCAAUUUAUUGUACCAGAGAUGAUUUAGCUGUGUGGUACUUUGACAUUAAAUAAUGCUUUCUUCUGGUUAUCACUGUCACAAAGGCCAAAUUACAUCCUCUCUGUUGAUGCAAUAAGUUGAGACGGCUGGGGGAACUGACCCCCAUAUAGGUACUGAUUAUGUCACUGUAUGCACUGAUUGAAGUGCAAAAAGUUGCAAGGUAAUGCUUGUUUUAAGUGGUAACACUUGGUCUUGUGUACUUA